AUGCUUACUAGCAAUGAGCCUCUCCUCUCCUCGCCCUACCAAAGAAACGCUUCUCCAAGAAGGCCCGUCUUGCUGAUCACGCUGUCAUCGGCCACUCUGCUUUGCGCCGGAGCAGCGUUCCUCCUCCUCAACCUCUCCACUCCGGACCUCUGCGCCAGCUCCCCGGACCCAACCUCGUGCCACGCCAUAGUGGCCGACGCCGUGCUAGCGUCUCCACGAGCGCACCCUACCCGCCCCGCGCAGGCCCUCCGCGCGAUCGUUGCCAGGUCUCUUGUGCAGCAUGACGCGGCCGCCGCCGCGGUUUCCGGCAUGCACCGGCACGCCGGUAGCGACCCGAGGCAGCGCGCGGCGCUCGCGGACUGCGUCCAGAUCAUGGACCUCGCGCGGGACCGCCUCGCCGACGCCUCGCUAGCCGUGGCCGCGGCCCCAGCGGACGACGCGCGGACGUGGCUCAGCGCCGCGCUUACCUACUACGCGACGUGCACGGACGGCGUCGUCGUCGACGGGCCGCUGCGCGACGCCGUAGGGGCGCAGCUGGAGCCACUCAAGUCCCUCGCGAGCGCGUCGCUCGCCGUGCUCAGCGCCGUCGUCGACGACUCGGGCUCCCGGGACGCCGAGGUCGCCCACACGUACACGUUCCCCUCGUGGGUGCCGGCGCGAGACCGCGCUCUCCUUGAAGCGGGCGCGGGCGCGAGUGGCGGCGCCAUCAAGGCCGACGUCGUGGUGGCCCAGGACGGGAGCGGCAAGUUCAGGACGGUGAAAGAGGCGGUGGACGCGGCGCCCGACGGCGGCAAGAGCCGGUACGUGAUCUACGUGAAGAAAGGGGUGUACAAGGAGAACGUCGAGGUGGGGAAGAAGAAGCGCGAGCUGAUGAUCGUCGGCGACGGCAUGGAUGCGACGGUGAUCACCGGGAGCCGCAACGUGGUCGACGGCGCCACGACUUUCAACUCGGCCACCCUAGCCGUGGCGGGAGACGGGAUCAUCCUGCAGGACCUGCGGGUGGAGAACACGGCGGGGCCAGCGAAGCACCAGGCGGUGGCGCUGCGCGUGAGCGCCGACCGCGCCGUCGCCUACCGCUGCCGCGUCGACGGGUACCAGGACACCCUGUACGCGCACGCGCUCCGCCACCUGUACCGCGAGUGCUUCGUGUCCGGCACCGUCGACUUCGUCUUCGGCAACGCGGCCGCCGUGCUCCAGGGCUGCGCGCUGGCGGCGCGCCUGCCGCUGCGGGGCCAGCAGAACGCGGUCACCGCGCAGGGACGGGAGGACCCCAACCAGAACACGGGCACGUCCCUCCACAGGUGCCGCGUCGUGCCGGCGCCCGUGGCCGGGUCGGACUUCCCGACGUUCCUGGGCCGCCCGUGGAAGGCCUACUCGCGGACGGUCGUCAUGCUGUCGUACCUGGACGCGCACGUCGACCCCAGGGGGUGGCUCGAGUGGGACGGGGACUUCGCGCUCAAGACGCUCUUCUACGGGGAGUACCAGAACGAGGGGCCCGGCGCCGCCACCGCCGGCCGGGUCAAGUGGCCCGGCUACCACGUCAUCACGGACAGGAGCCUGGCCGUGCAGUUCACCGUCGGCCAGUUCAUUCAGGGUGGCAGCUGGCUCAACGGCACCGGCGUGCCCUACAUUGAGGGACUCUGA